UUGUUUUCUCUGUUUCUGCAGGAUUCCUCACAAGGCAACUCUGUGUAUCAGGUCAACAUGAUCAACUACAUCAAACAGAAGUACAGCGAGCUGCAGGUGGUGGGUGGGAACGUGGUGACGGCAGCCCAGGCCAAGAACCUGAUUGAUGCAGGAGUGGACGCUCUGAGAGUGGGCAUGGGCUGUGGCUCCAUCUGUAUCACCCAGGAAGUGAUGGCGUGCGGGCGGCCUCAGGGCACCUCGGUGUAUAAGGUGGCAGAGUAUGCUAGACGUUUCGGUGUGCCAGUCAUCGCAGACGGCGGCAUUCAGACCGUGGGCCACGUGGUCAAGGCUCUCUCACUUGGGGCAUCCACAGUGAUGAUGGGCUCGUUGCUAGCGGCGACCACGGAGGCUCCGGGGGAGUACUUCUUCUCGGACGGCGUGCGGCUGAAGAAGUACCGCGGCAUGGGCUCUCUGGACGCCAUGGAGAAGAGCACCAGCAGCCAGAAACGCUACUUCAGUGAAGGGGACAAGGUGAAGGUGGCUCAGGGUGUGUCCGGCUCUGUCCAGGACAAGGGCUCCAUCCACAAGUUUAUCCCCUACCUGAUCGCUGGCAUCCAACACGGCUGUCAGGACAUCGGCGCCAAGAGUCUCUCUGUUCUACGCUCCAUGAUGUACUCUGGAGAGCUGAAGUUUGAGAAGAGGACCACGUCCGCUCAGGUGGAAGGAGGAGUCCAUGGGCUUCACUCUUACGAGAAACGACUUUACUGAUGGAGGGGCCAGAAAGAAGCGGACUAGGGCCGCCCCCGACGUCCCCACCCCUGUUGUGACCAAACGUAACCGCCACAUCUGACACCCACCUCAUCACUCUCCCUGCCGACACCCCACACACCCCACGGGAGAGGUCUGGGGGGAACACCUGCAAAACAAACACCAUCACCUGGGAAACAUGGGAUUUUGCACUUACGAAGCGGAACAUCAGGGUUUUCACCAUAACCCCCUCCCAGAAUACCGGUCCCCUUGGUGUGUGUGAGAGCUUGUUGAAGGAAGUAUUUGAUUGUGUGUGUGUGUGUGUGUGUGUGUGUGUGUGUGUGUGUGUGUGUGUGUGUGUGUGUGUGUGUGUGUGUGUGUGUGUGUGUGUGUGUGAGUGAGGACAAACUCAGUGAAGAAGGUGCUGUUGUGCCAACUUCCUCUUCCUGGUGAAACUGAGAGAGCCAUGCUGUCACCCCUCUGUAUUCUUUGGGAUCUGCUCGUACUGGCACCUCCACAUCAGAAGCCACAAACAUCCCAAUCAAACUAUAUAUGUGGAAAAACACUUGUCUUGCUACUCUGUGUGCAAGUGUAUUGUGGCAAUCCUCCUUUAUCUAUGUAGUUAGCUCUGUUUAUGCAGAAAGAUGUUAACUGCUUUGAGAAACGUAUAUUGUUCUGUUAAACUUUUCACUGUAAUUCAACUGACAGACUCAUUGGCUGGGACUAUAGACUAGGUGACGUUCCCUCGCCGUAGUGGCCAAGUCAUACCCCCCUUAGGCCACUAGUUUAUUGGCUCACGUUGACUAUCACAAUGCUUCUAGUGUGUUGAGAGCACGGUCUGGGCCAAAAGAUAGACAUCGGCCAUAGAUCAAGGAACGUGUUUAAAACCACAGUGUCGGUCAACGAUGGGUAAUACGGUCAUCUUUUAGACUGGAAUGAAACGAGUUUAGAGAGAAUUGUUUGAUUUUAAAAGCUGUAAACCAGGGUUCCCCAACUGGCAGCCCACGUGCCAAAUUUGACCCACGUGGUUUCAUUUGGCCCCCCCCCCCAGUAAAUAAAUAAUUAUUAUGCUUGGAACAAAAGAGUGUAAAAACACCAGUUAAUUAGAACCAAGUGAUUUUAAUUUUGGAAAUUUGUUACCAAGUAUUCCUACAGAUAAUACAGAGAUGUGAUUGUAUACAAUCACAUAAGCAAGGUUUGAAAUUAUUGUUUAAGUCAUAUUAUAUCUGUUUGGGCCUCCUGCGGUCAAUUUGCAGUCUACAAAUGAUUUGUAAUUAUGUUCCGGCCCAUCCACCCAGGAAAUGGUCCCGCGGCUGAAUGUAGAUGCCGAUCUCUGCUGAAGAACGUUCCAGUGGCUCUAAGGAGCAUGAAGGCUUUUCAUAUGCAUGCUUUUUAGUUUUUUAAAGCCUCAACGCGGCUCUAUUUAUAUUCCGCUUUUUUCUAAUUCCGUACAUACUGCCAAAUGUAUCAACAUGCUCUCUUUGACACUUUGGUGUUAUUAAUACUUAAAGCCCAAAUUAAAGCUAUGAAUCGCCAGCAGUGUAGUCCCUCGCUCCACCCCUGUCCCAGGUUGUGGCACCGAUUGCUAGCAGCUUUGACCUGUUCUGAUUACCAGAGUUAUGCCUUGAAAUGGGGGUAGAUGAUGACCGCACACGACGGAAAGUCUUAAAUUCCCAUAAGAACUGUGUUGUAUGUGCAUGGCGCUAUACGUCCUCCUCACCCCCUUUCUCACUGUUUUGAGAUACUGUAUCUAUAUCAUUCAGCUUAUGUAGGAAUAGAUUUUUCUAACGUUUUUCGUAAACGGAUGUCCUUUUUGCCAGAUGUCUCUAAGCUGUAGGAGUGACCUUCUUUCCGUUUUGUGCUAAUGUACUUUGCCCUACCGGGACCUCACUUGACUAACAGUACUCUUACAGUUGACAUGAAUAUUAAGUAAAUAUGUACAUGAAGAUGUAUGGAGAAUUAUAUACCUGUAUCCUGUUUGAAAUGGUUGUUUGCAGUCUCCCACCUUUAGUUAUGAAAAUCCCCACUGACUAGGAAACAGGCCUUGUUUACAAUGGGAUUACAACAGAAACCGGCUGCUAAUGCUGUAAAAAAAAAUACAUGUCCAAAUAUG